AUGUCCAAUCGACAAAGAACAACAUCCAGUACUCGAAGUUCGCAAGCAUCAGGAACUCGAAACUCGCAAACACCAAGAAGUUCUCAAGCAUCUGUACAAAACCCUGCUCCAACACAAACUUCUACAGCAACUGUGCCCCGUUCAAGAUCAGAAAGGGAACCAGCUGCAACAGAGCAAAUUCCUCCUCCAGCACAAGAAAACGUGACAGCGGUUAAUCCCAUUCAAAUUGCGACUUCAUCUGAAAUUUCAGAAAAUGAAAUCGAUCCAACAGAUCCAAUUUCAUUUUUUACCCAAAGAGAAGCAGAAUAUAUGGAAUCAUUUGUUGAUGUUCCUGUAAAUGAUGUACCAGAGCCAAAGAUCAAAGAACCACUAAAAAUUAGGAUCGAAGAAAUUUUAAGGGAGCAACAAAAUAAUCGUCUCACAAAAUUGACAAAUUUGACAUACAAAGAUUUUAGAGAUUUAUUACAUCUUUAUUUUAAUACUCUUGAACACAAUCAUUAUAAACACACUAGAGUAUCAUUGGAAUCGAGAUUGCUAAUAACAUUAACUUGGUUGAAACAUUCUGGUUCAUUUAAAGAAUUAGGAGCACAAUUUGGAAUCAAAAAACACAUACAAGAGCUAUUGUAA